CCAUGCCCCACGUUCCCGAGAUUGCUCACCCCAUUUGUGAGAGCAAGCCCUGUCGGCCGUCUGGCCGUGUGUGAGGCUGGGCCCCGAGGACCUCCUGCCCAAGCAUGAGGCGAGGGAGAGAAAUACACUUGCGCUCAUGGGUGGGUUGACACGGCGACGUAUGACUUGGGUCAAAGUUUUCCUUGCAGUGAGGCCACCGUCUCGAGACACUGCUGGGUCCGGUCCCACUUGUCAAGCUCAUUGUUACAGCGGCAUUUCAGCGAGGCUGCGCCCUGCCUGUCGUGCUACAAUGUACAGCUGGAAAAGUCGUAUGAGGGAUUAAGUCCCUGCCCAAGCUGCGGUAUGAAGUCACUCCAAGAGUUUUUCGGUCGCCGUGGUGGGGUUGACGUUGGACACCCACCAACCCCCCCCCCCAAGAUAAGAUAAGAGCUAUGAUGUCCCUCCUCCCUCCCUUCCAACCUUGUGCGCGCUCACCUGAGCCCAGACUGCCCUGACCUGCAUUGCCGUCGUCCCACCUUGACGCAGCUGUUUUCCUGGUCUCCCGGCUGCAUCACACCCAUCGUUGGCUGCUGCUCGUCCCCGAGAUACUCCUUCUUCUUUCCUCAACCACCUUCAAUUCCUACCUACUCACUCUUGUCUCUGAGAACCCUCGAACAGGCCGGUGCGGUGACUCGACCCGAAGGCCGCACACAGACUCACAAGACACACCUUUUGUUGCGCCAGCUGAGAGCCAAGCUUCUUGUCUGCUGCCAGUGCAACUGCGCGGUUUCAUACCGUCCCUACUUAAAUAUCUACCUCCACUUUUCCGUUGGGCAAACACAUUGCGCCAGACAGGACACGAGCGUUACCAGGCGAACAGCAUCGGGAAUAACACCCGAUUCAAUACCCCAACGUUCCCCUCUCCCUCGGAUCCCCACUCAGGCAGGACAACAUGGCGCCUGUCAAGAAGAAGAUCGCCAUCAUGACCUCGGGAGGUGACUCGCCGGGCAUGAACGGCGUCGUCCGUGCUUGUGUUCGCAUGGCUUUGCACAUGGGCUGUGAUGCCUACUGCGUCUACGAGGGCUAUGAGGGCCUUGUCAGGGGAGGUGACUACAUUCGGAAGAUGGCGUGGGAUGACGUUCGUGGCUGGCUUUCCGAGGGCGGCACUCUCAUCGGUACUGCCCGCUGCAUGGCGUUUUACGAGCGGCCCGGCCGACUUACUGCCGCCAAGAACAUGAUUCUCAACGGCAUUGACGCCAUCAUCAUCUGCGGUGGUGACGGCUCCCUGACCGGUGCAGACAAGUUCCGUUCCGAGUGGCCCUCUCUCCUGGAAGAGCUCAUCGAGAAGAAGGAGCUCACCAAAGAGCAGGUCGCUCCCUUCCGCCACCUGAACAUCGUGGGCACCGUUGGCUCCAUCGACAACGACAUGUCUGGGACCGACGCCACUAUCGGGGCAUACUCCGCCCUUUCAAGAAUCUGCGAGAUGGUCGACUACAUCGAGGCCACCGCCUCUUCACACUCCCGGGCCUUUGUCGUUGAGGUCAUGGGCCGUCAUUGCGGCUGGCUGGCACUCAUGACUGGUGUUGCAACCGGCGCCGACUUCGUCUUCAUCCCCGAGAAGCCCAGGGAGGACAACUGGAGGGAGGAGAUGUGCGCCAUUAUCAAGAAGCACCGCAGCUUGGGCAAGAGAAAGACCAUCGUCAUCAUUGCCGAGGGUGCCCACGACAAAUACGGGGGCAAGAUCUCUCCCGAAAUGGUCAAGGACCUCUUGGCAGAUCCCAAGGGCCUCCACCUCGACACCCGGAUCACCACCCUUGGACACGUCCAGAGAGGCGGCACAGCGGUUGCCUACGACCGCAUGCUUGCCACCCUCCAGGGUGUCGAGGCCGUCAAGGCCGUCCUCGAAGCUACGCCUGAGACUGAGACUUGCUUCAUCGCUAUCACUGAGAACCAGAUCGUCCGAAGGCCGCUCAUGCAGGCGGUGCAGGACACACAGGCUGUGGCUAAGGCCAUCGAGGCUCAGGACUUCGACAGGGCCAUGGCGUUGCGGGACACAGAGUUUGCGGACCAGUACAAGUCAUACAUGUUGACAACAACGGCCAACCUCAGCCGAGAGCAUAUACUCCCCGAGAACAAGCGCAUGAGGAUCGGUUUUAUCAACGUCGGAGCACCAGCUGGCGGCAUGAAUGCAGCUAUUCGGGGCGGCGUGGCUUACUGCAUAUCCCGCGGGCACGAACCUAUUGCCAUCUGCAAUGGAUUCGCUGGGUUCGCCAGACACCACGGCGAUAAGCCACUGGGUGCUGUCCGCCCUUUCGACUGGCUCGAGGUCGACGGCUGGGCGAGCAAGGGUGGUUCUGAGAUCGGAACCAACCGAGAACUCCCCAAGGAGUCCGGGAUGGAGCUGAUCGCUGAUCUCGUCAAGCAGUACAAGUUCGACGCCCUCUUCCUCAUUGGUGGGUUCGAGGCCUUCCACGCCGUGUCGCAGCUCCGUGUGGCCCAGAAGGACUUCCCAUCGCUACGGAUCCCUAUGACCGUGCUGCCCGCGACUAUCUCCAACAACGUCCCCGGCACCGAGUACUCCAUCGGCUCUGACACGUGUUUGAAUGAGCUAGUCAACUACUGCGACAAGAUCAAACAGUCCGCCUCUGCCGCUCGCCGUCGUGUGUUCGUGAUCGAGACCCAAGGUGGUCGGUCCGGCUACGUCGCGACGCUCGCCGGGCUCGGUGUCGGUGCUGUCGCCGUGUACACUCCCGAGGAAGGUGUCAGCCUGGGCAUGCUCGAGGCCGAUGUUAGGCACUUGAAGAAUGUCUUCGCCAAGGACAAGGGGCAGUCGCGUGCUGGCCGCCUGAUUCUCAUCAACGAGAAGGCCUCGAAAGUGUACAACGCCAAGCUUGUAGCAGACAUCAUUCGUGAGGAGGCGCACGACAGAUUUGAGUCUCGUGACAGCAUCCCCGGCCAUGUGCAGCAAGGCGGUGUUCCCUCUCCUAUGGACCGAUCCAGAGCUGUAAGACUCGCCAUCAAGUGCAUCCAGCACCUGGAGAACUUUGGCAAGAACGCUGCCGAACGUGUCAUGUCCGACCCCAUGGGAAUGUCUGUGAUCGGAAUCAAGGGCGCAGACGUUGUAUUCACGCCCAUGCAAGAGGUGGAGGAACAAGAAACCGACUGGGCCAACCGUCGGCCAACGAAAGGCUACUGGUGGUACAUGAAGGAUGCCGUCGACAUCCUCGGCGGCAGGCCAGAAUACCCCAAGCCCGAGAAGAGGCUUUCUGGUUUGGCAGCAAAGGACGCGAAGCGCGGCAUCUAAGCCACACUGGUUUCAAACGGAAAAUUGGCGGGGCAAUUGGGAUCACAGGACAGGAGUUAUCAAGAAUUGCUUUUCUUCCAUAACUGACAGGUAGCACCCAACCUCAAUGGAAAUGACUUUACGUUCACAUUUCGCAGCUACCCCGACCAUGAUUAUUCCCAUGUGAAACUACCUAUACACCUUCUCCAGUGUCAAGCAUGACAAGUAGUCACCCUAUUCGACCACACGGAAUAGACCCACGCCUUUCAUUGCUUGCACCUAAACUGUCAAGGGAACAAACACUGCACCAGUGAUUCACUGUUGACCUUCGGUCGCUUUUCUUUGCCCAUCCCGCAGAAACGCGGUUGAUGUGCGAGCUGAGCUAUGUAAAGUGCGUAGACAGAUUGAAGACAUUGUAACCUUGACGGGGCAACACCAUUAGCGUUCAUGUGGUUCGUAUGUCCUAGGCGUGCAAGCGUCCUCACAGCUCAACUGAGACUUAGUAUUCACAUCCUCUUGAGGCUCGUCCAAACUAAAAUAAACUUUCGUUCUCAGGGGUAGUUCGCUGGCCAAGAAGAUAUCCCUGACAAUGACUCGCCUCUCAGUCUUGAGGUACCUAGGUAUGGCGUGCCGAUCGUCGAAGCUUGUCGGCAACCCUUGGGGAGUCUGUCGAAUUCGCGGGUAGCCACUGUCUUGCAUGACUGUUUCGCUUGGGAGUCCGUGAUAUGUUGGCCCAAACUCCAUAGUAGCAAGCAGAACGGAGGAUGCUUGCAAAACUUUUGGGCCCAAAGCAACACAGUUGGCGAUGACUGGGAAGAAGAGGACAAGGAACU